CCCUUCUGACAGAAGCGAGACAGCCAGCCGCCGAGGCGGUCGGUGCUCCUUCUGCUGCGGCCGCCGCCGCGGGGCUACGGGACGGUCCAGGAGAAGCAGCAGAGAUGUCGAAUGAGCCACCCCCUCCUUAUCCUGGGGGCCCCACAGCCCCUCUUCUGGAGGAGAAAAGUGGAGCCCCGACCACCCCAGGCCGCACCUCCCCAGCUGUGAUGCAGCCCCCACCGGGCAUGCCGCUGCCCCCUGCAGACAUCGGCCCCCCACCAUAUGAGCCACCGGGUCACCCAGUGCCCCAGCCUGGCUUCAUCCCCCCACAUAUAAAUGCAGAUGGCACCUACAUGCCUCCAGGUUUCUACCCUCCUCCAGGCCCCCACCCACCCAUGGGCUACUACCCACCAGGGCCCUACCCACCGGGGCCCUACCCUGGCCCUGGGGGCCACACAGCCACUGUCCUGGUUCCUUCGGGGGCUGCCACCACAGUGACAGUGUUGCAGGGAGAAAUCUUUGAAGGCGCACCCGUGCAGACAGUGUGUCCCCACUGCCAGCAGGCCAUCACCACCAAGAUCUCCUAUGAGAUCGGCCUGAUGAACUUCGUGCUGGGUUUCUUCUGCUGCUUCAUGGGGUGUGACCUGGGCUGCUGCCUGAUCCCCUGCCUCAUCAAUGACUUCAAGGAUGUGACGCACACGUGCCCCAGCUGCAAAGCCUACAUCUACACGUACAAGCGCCUCUGCUAACGGAGCCGGGACUCAGGACCCCCCUGCCUGUCAGUCUGGCCCCCUGUGCUUUGCUCCCCAUGCUCAGUGGUCACUUCCCUGCUCCCACUUGGGGUCGGAAGCCAUGCCACCGUCCCCUGGAAGUCUUGUUCUCUUCUCCUUGCCCUUCCCUGAGCACCUGACUCUUCCAGCAAAAGUUCUGUUGGAUUUCAGGCCAAGGGUCAGUGGGGGCGGGGCUGAGCUCGUGUGUCACCUGCUUGGUGUUCGUGAUCAGGAAAGUAAGUUGGAAGGGGCAUCCCGCUGGGGUCCUUGUUCCUCCAUUUCUGUAUGAGGUACAGGUCCAGUCCCAACUCUUCCUCUCUGGGACCAAAAGCAGCCAGAGCUGUGGCCAUCUCCCCAGGCCUGGGGCCCACGGUGGGGCUGUGCCUGUAGCCACAGUCAUUUUUGACCUCCUGGGCCAAGAAUGGAGAAGUCGUCUGGAAUCAGGUGGGCCAGGGUUUGUUUCUGGAGUACGUUGUGCCUCUGGGGUGCCAGAGGUGAGGCGUGACAGGAGUGGUGACUGCCACCUCCAGCCCUCAGAACUCUCAGGUAUAGAAACCAGGACCCCUAACACCCUGCCCAGGAGCCACCAGUGUAAGAGAGAAGACACUGGCUGAGUGAUUGGGCCCUGGUAGCCAAGAAGGAACGAACUUGCCUCUCGCCCCCUUUGAGUCAGCGUGCAGACCCCCUUUCUGGCCACGCCUCUGUGAAUCCCGUGUUGCUGGGGCCAGAAGGAAUCCCCCCGAGCCUGCCCUGCUCCGUCCACCCGUGUCCUCCCUGCGUGUGGGUGUAACUUCAGCCCCGGGGCCGGUGUGUCCCAGCUGGGAUAGGACAUGGCAGAGAGGAGGGCCCCCUCGUGGGUGCACCCGGAUCUGCAGUGCUGCCCCAUGAACUUCUUCCCGGUAAGCACUGCGCUGUCUCCCGCUGCUGAGCCUCGGUAGGACGCACCUCUGUGCUGGGCUGGGGACAGGCUGAAGGAGCAGCCACCAGUGGUGAACGUGCUCUGGUGGACAUCAGCUGUCCUGCCCUGGGUCUGAGCUCAAACCUGUCUUUAUUUCCUGAAUGGUUUGUUUGUGAACUUGCUCACCUGGACCGCUCUAUCCUGCCACUGUCCCACUCCUGGUCUCGCACUACUGCUGCAUGGCCUCCUGUCACUGUGAACUGUGGCCCAGUCUGUUUGUAGUUUCUCAUUAAAUCAGCCCUUUCACUCCCCACCCUGGGCCUCUGCUCUCUUGCCUGGCUUCCUUCUUUUCUGAGGGACAGAGGGUGGGGCUCCAGGUCCACAGGCAGGGCGCUGCACUCUCAGGGUCUUGACAUUCCUCAAUGCCAACUGCCCAGGGACAAUGUUGACAGACCAGAGGCAGGGGUAGACCAGCCCUGGGCAUUGCAGCUGUGACGGGCCAGGGCACAAGUUGGCCUUAGCAGUAGCUAUUAAGGUCACCUCAUCCCUCUGCUACUGGUCUUAGCCCCAUCUCUGCACUGGGUGGGGGGGAGCUGCAAGCUGGAGCCCGCAGCAGCUCGAAAUGUUGGUGGUCCCUCUUGUUCCCUUAAGCCAGACAGCCACCAGGCUGAGGCUGAUGCUCUCUGAAGGUCAACAGCGUGCAGUCUGGGCCCACUCUGGCCUUGGCCCUCUCUGGCCUUGGCCCUCUCUGAGCCUGCUAACUUCACUGAGUUGCGAAGGUGGUAGUCUUGUUGGUAGUUUCAAAAAAAGUUCCCCUACCUCUUAACCCUUGUUUGAACAAAACUUUUGCAGGUAAUAGAUUCCUAUUAAUAAAAAUAUGUAAGUUCA